CACGCUGCUCGUUUGCCUCCGACAAUUAAUUAAUUAUUUAUCAAUUAAUUAAUUAUUUAUCAAUUAAUUAACUUCAAUUAACAAGCAUUAAACUCAUAUUAUUGUUGAGUAGACUGGUGACAAUAAAGGUAAUCGCUUCCGGUUGGAAACCCGGUCGUGGUGGUGGGCGAAAUUUGUCGUCGUCGUUUUUGGAGCGGAAGAAGGACAGCCAGCAGACAGGUCACGGUAAAAGUAACCGCUUCCGAUUGGAACCUGGUCGUGGUGGUGGGUGAAAUUUGUCGUUGUCGUUUUUCCCUCGGAAGGAGGACAGCCAGCAGGUUUGCAACUAAUUCAAAACCAUGUCGGAAGUAUCAGACUUGCGAAUCCCUCUCCGGACCGUGAAAAAAGUCCAAUUUGGCAUCCUGUCGCCGGAUGAAAUCCGCCGCAUGUCCGUGACGGAGGGUGGGAUUCGCUUUACCGAGAUUACGGAAGGUGGUCGCCCCAAACUUUGCGGAUUGAUGGACCCUCGUCAAGGCGUCAUCGACCGAAACUCACGCUGUCUAACGUGCACCGGCACUCAGACCGAGUGUCCCGGACAUUUUGGUCACAUUGAUCUCGCCAAACCCGUCUACCACCCAGGAUUUCUCGGGAAAACGGUCAAAGUCCUGCGCUGCGUGUGCUUCUAUUGUUCGAAGAUGCUCGUGUCCCCCACUCACCCGAAAAUGAGGGAGGUCGUCGCCAAGACCAAAGGACAGCCUCGACGUCGCAUCGACUUUGUGUAUGAGCUUUGUAAGAAGAAGUCCAUUUGCGACGGAGGUGACGAAAUGGAUGGGAAUCAGGGCGAAGAAGAUCCCAAUAUUACGUCAAAGAAGAGCGGUCACGGCGGGUGUGGUCGUUUUCAGCCGAACAUCCGUAAAGUCGGGCUCGAGCUGUUUGCUGAGUGGAAGAACGUGAACGAGGCGGACCAGGAGAAGAAGAUGGCCGUCACGGCGGAACGUGUCCUCGAAAUCUUGAAACACAUUUCUGACGAGGAGAGCCUUGUGAUGGGGAUGGAUCCCAAGUGGUCCCGCCCCGACUGGAUGAUCUAUUCUGUCCUUCCCGUCCCCCCACUGCCCGUUCGUCCUGCUGUCGUCACGUUCGGCUCGGCUCGCAAUCAGGACGAUCUCACCCACAAACUCGCGGACAUUGUCAAGGCGAACAACGAACUUUUGCGCAACGACCAGUCCGGCGCCGCAGCUCACAUUAUUGCAGAAAAUGUUAAAAUGCUCCAAUUUCAUGUCGCUACACUCACCGAUAACGAAAUUCCUGGUUUGCCGCGCGCCAUGCAGACGUCGGGCCGUCCAUUGAAAGCGAUCAAGGCGCGGUUGAAGGGAAAGGAGGGCAGAAUUCGGGGCAACUUGAUGGGAAAACGGGUCGAUUUCUCUGCAAGAACGGUCAUCACACCAGAUCCGAACUUGAGGAUUGAUCAGGUCGGCGUGCCUCGCAGUAUCGCGCAGAACUUGACAUUUCCCGAGAUCGUGACCCCGUUUAAUAUGGAUAAGAUGACGGAACUCGUGGCGCGAGGGAAUAACCAAUAUCCCGGAGCAAAGUACAUCAUCCGCUCGAACGGGGACAGAAUUGAUUUGCGAUUUCAUCCGAAAUCUUCCGAUCUCCAUUUACAAUUAGGAUACCGGGUCGAACGUCACAUUCGAGAUGGCGACCUCGUAAUUUUCAAUCGACAACCCACUCUUCACAAAAUGUCCAUGAUGGGUCACAGGGUCAAAGUACUGCCCUGGUCGACUUUCCGAAUGAAUUUGAGUUGCACAACGCCUUACAAUGCUGAUUUUGACGGGGACGAGAUGAAUCUACACGUCCCACAGUCGAUGGAAACUCGUGCCGAAGUUGAAAAUCUACACAUCACGACCCGUCAAAUUAUCACCCCUCAAGCGAACAAGCCCGUCAUGGGGAUCGUGCAGGACACGUUGACCGGCGCGAAGAAGAUGACCAAGAGGGACGUCUUCCUGACCAAGGAACAAAUGAUGAAUUUGCUUAUGUUUUUGCCCAUUUGGGACGGGAGGAUGCCGAUGCCCGCCAUCGUGAAGCCGAUUCCUCUCUGGACCGGAAAACAACUCUUCACUCUUAUCAUUCCCGGAAAUGUGAACCUCGUCAAAACCCACGCCACACAUCCGGACGACGAGGACGACGGUCCGUACAAGUGGAUUUCCCCGGGAGACACGAAAGUCAUGGUGGAGCAUGGUGAACUCAUCAUGGGAAUUCUAUGCAAAAAGACGCUCGGAACGAGUGAGGGGUCACUUCUUCACAUCUGCUUUACCGAAUUAGGUCACGAGGUUGCUGGCCAGUUUUACGGGAAUAUUCAAACCGUCGUAAACAAUUGGUUGAUGUAUGAAGGGCACUCGAUCGGAAUUGGGGACACGAUUGCAGAUCCUCAAACAUAUCUUGAGAUUCAAAGAACAAUCAAGAAGGCGAAGGAGGACGUGAUCGAGGUGAUUCAAAAAGCACACAACAUGGAGCUCGAGCCUACUCCGGGAAACACGCUUCGACAAACGUUCGAAAAUCAGGUCAACCGCAUUCUCAACGAUGCUCGUGACAAGACUGGCGGCUCUGCGAAGAAGUCUCUCACAGAGUACAACAACCUCAAAACUAUGGUGGUGGCAGGGUCGAAAGGAUCAAACAUCAACAUCUCUCAGGUCAUCGCCUGCGUCGGGCAACAAAACGUUGAAGGAAAACGAAUCCCCUUCGGCUUCCGUAAGCGCACCCUUCCCCACUUCAUCAAAGACGACUACGGUCCUGAGUCCCGUGGCUUCGUUGAAAAUUCCUACCUCGCCGGACUAACUCCCUCGGAAUUCUACUUUCACGCCAUGGGGGGUCGUGAAGGAUUGGUCGACACCGCGAUCAAAACGGCAGAAACUGGAUACAUUCAACGUCGUCUCAUCAAAGCUAUGGAGUCCGUGAUGGUUGACUACGACGGCACGGUACGAAACUCUACUGGACAGCUGAUCCAACUCCGCUACGGGGAAGACGGCCUCGCCGCCGAGAACGUCGAACACCAAACCCUUCCCACCGUAAAACUGUCCAACUCUGCGUUUGAAGAGCGAUUCCGCUUCGACCCCACGAACGAGCGCUACCUCCGAAAAGUUUUUGACGAAGAAGUCAUGCGGGAAAUUGUCGGGUCGGCGGAAGUUCUCUCCGCCGUGGAGAAGGAAUGGAAAACUUUGAAGGCUGACCGUGCCACGAUGCGGGAAAUCUUCCCUUCUGGAGAAUCGCAUGUCGUCCUCCCUUGCAAUUUGAAACGGAUGAUUUGGAACGUGCAAAAAAUUUUCCACAUCGACAAACGACUCCCCGUCGAUCUCAACCCGAUCAGAGUGAUUGAAGGGGUGGAAAACCUAUUGAAAAAGUGUGUCAUCGUGCAAGGCGAGGAUGCUCUUUCGGUCCAGGCGAACAGCAAUGCGACCCUGCUUUUCUGCUGUAUGGUGAGAUCGAUGCUGUGCACGAGGAAGGUCGCGGAAGAAUUCCACUUGUCGACGGAGGCGUUUGAAUGGUUGAUUGGUGAGAUUGAGACGAGGUUUCAGCAAGCCAUGGCGUCUCCAGGGGAGAUGGUGGGAGCCUUGGCGGCGCAGAGUUUGGGCGAACCGGCGACUCAAAUGACGCUGAAUACUUUUCACUUUGCGGGAGUUAGUAGUAAAAAUGUGACUUUGGGAGUGCCCAGGUUGAAGGAAAUCAUCAACCUCUCGAAGAAGCCGAAAUCUCCCUCACUCACUGUUUUCUUGACUGGAGGCGCAGCUCGUGACGCCGAGAAGGCGAAAAAAGUUCUCUGCCGCUUGGAACAUACCACGCUGCGAAAGAUGACCGCGCACACGGCCAUCCAUUACGACCCUGACCCACAAAACACGAUCAUCGCAGAGGAUCAAGACUUUGUUAGUAUCUACUAUGAAAUGCCAGACUUUAACCCGGCAAGAAUUUCACCGUGGCUUCUCCGCGUUGAACUGGACCGGAAACGAAUGACUGAUAAGAAACUCACCAUGGAACAGAUCGCAGAGAAGAUCAAUUCCGCCUUUGGUGAGGACUUGAACUGCAUCUUUAACGACGACAAUGCUGAAAAGCUCAUUCUGCGCAUUCGAAUCACACAUCCGGAGGAUAAAUUAGAUGAUGACGACGAAAACCCUGAUCAAAUGGACGACUCCAUGUUCCUUCGCUGCAUCGAAUCCAGCAUGCUCUCAGAAAUGACACUGCAGGGGAUCGAAACAAUUGCCAAAGUUUACAUGCAUUUGCCCCAAACCGACGCCAAGAAACGGACCAUCAUCACAGACUCCGGUGAAUUCAAACAGAUCGCCGAGUGGCUGCUCGAGACGGAUGGAACGUCCUUAAUGCGAGUCUUAAGCGAGAGGGAUGUCGACCACGUGCGAACGUAUUCGAACGAUAUCUGCGAAAUAUUUAUGGUCCUGGGUAUUGAAGCAGUUCGAAAAUGUGUGGAGAAAGAGAUGAACACCGUGCUUUCGUUUUACGGGCUGUACGUCAACUACCGUCACUUGGCGCUGCUCUGCGACGUAAUGACUGCCAAGGGUCACUUGAUGGCCAUCACACGUCACGGAAUCAAUCGACAAGAUACCGGACCAUUGAUGAGGUGCUCGUUUGAGGAAACUGUUGACGUCCUGAUGGACGCUGCCGUUCAUGCUGAAGUUGAUCCGAUGAGGGGCGUUUCCGAAAACAUUAUGUUGGGACAACUUCCCCGCAUGGGCACUGGCUGCUUCGACUUGCUUCUCGACGCUGAAAAGUGCAAGUUCGGCAUUGAGGUCCCCACUGGUCCUGGACCCAAUGGUGACCUUGGAAUGGGCAGUGCAUUUUUCAACCUUGGAUCCAAAUCACCAAUGGACACGCCCUGGAUAUCUGGCGCCACUCCGGCGUACGACAACGUUUGGUCUCCCGGCGGAGGAAUGAUGUCAGGUGGGCCUGGAUUCUCGCCAUCUGCUGCUUCUGACAUAUCCAGCUUUUCACCUGGAGGAGGUCGUUCGCCGCUCAGUUCACCUGGAAGCCCAGGCAGUCCAUUCUACAUUCCUGGUGGAGUGUCGCCGAAUUAUUCGCCCACAUCGCCUGGGAUGAGUCCCUCGUUGCCGAACUAUUCUCCUGGAUCUUAUUCUCCUACAAGUCCGAGUGGAGGUCAGAGUCCGACUUAUUCUCCAACGAGUCCGAGCUAUUCGCCACAACUGAGUCCAUCGUACUCGCCGACGAGCCCAAGCUACUCACUGACGAGCCCAACCUAUUCGCCGACGAGUCCGAGCUACUCGCCUUCAAGCCCAAGCUAUUCGCCAACGAGUCCAUCUUACUCGCCGACGAGCCCAUCUUACUCGCCAACAAGUCCGAGCUAUUCACCGACCAGUCCGUCGUAUUCUCCGACGAGUCCAUCAUACUCACCUACGAGCCCGUCUUAUUCGCCGACGAGCCCAAGUUAUUCACCGACGAGUCCAUCUUAUUCGCCGACAAGCCCAUCUUACUCGCCGGCAAGUCCGAGCUAUUCGCCUACCAGUCCAUCAUACUCUCCCACGAGUCCAAGUUAUUCGCCAACCAGCCCAUCGUACUCUCCGACAAGUCCAUCCUACUCUCCGACGAGUCCAUCUUACUCGCCAUCGAGCCCAACCUAUUCUCCUUCGUCGCCGAAUUACAGUCCUUCGAGCCCGAGGUACUCUCCAAACAGUCCGACUAACUCGCUCGGACGGCCCGGAUCGCCCAAUUACAGCCCUUCGAGCCCAAGUUAUAGUCCAGCGUCGCCAAGUUAUUCAUCCCGGUAUUCACCUAGCUCACCAUCCAGUCCGACCUACAGCCCACAGCCGUCUGUCUCGUCUUACUCGCCAACGAGUCCGAGUUACAGUCCUGCGAGCCCCACGUAUUCGCCCAGUUCGCCUACCUACUCUCCCGAUGAGGACGAGAACAAGAAACCGGGAGGCAAGAAGGGCAGGAAAAAUAAAUAGACGGGAAAUCACCAUCGUCGUCAUCAACCCAAUUUUCGUCGUCACCUUAUUUUUGACAAAAUGUCACCAUUUCUAUUAUUAAUCACUCUUUUGCAAACUCCUCAUUUGUUCCUUAUUCAUCAACUUAUUCUAAUUCAAUUCGUUUGUACGAUUAAUUUUUAUAUCUGAAAAGUAAUUGGUUCAAACACCUUUGAUUGUUUUUUUAGGGGGUAAUUUUUUUUAGAUAGUUCGGUAAUGGGUAAAAAUUAUUACUUCGUUAUGUUUGAUUAUUACUUUGGGUGUUUUUUUAAUAAUACGAGCAAACAGAAGAACUUUCCAAGUUAAUCUUUAAUUAAUUCUGGUGAUGGUCAAAUGUUGUUUUCAUUAAUUUUAUGAUACUGCAAAAAUAAAAUUUAAUUCGGCACGUGAUGGGCAAAAAAAUACGA